GCUUGCCUUGGUUUUUACUGAGAGGUAACUCGAUCUCCUGCGCUUGAAAAUCCUAACUCGGCUCUGGCACGGAUUGGCUAAUAGCCGCGGGUGCUUUAUACGUUUAUUUUAGGUAAUAGAUACGCUUGUUUUGUUACAGACCGUUCCGCCCUUUUCUUUUUUACCUUUUUUUACUUUUCACCUAGACGCAACUUCCAAGUCUUUCCCAACUGGCCCGCAUUCUUUGCCCCCAAAAACUUGUGUGACUUUAAAGAAGAAAAUGCUUUGGGAGAAUAUCUGUUGCGCAUGCGCCAUCACUCUCUCACCACUGUUCCGCGCGCACGGAGCGCCUUCGUUGAUAACCGAUUGCCCGUGCCAAUCUGCCGACGACGACCACUGAGAGCUGCAGGACUAUCACGGUUACCACCACCUUGCCCCAUUACAUACAGGAGACCACCCCGUAUAACCCAGAUUUUGCACUAACUGCUUUGGAUUGCAACCGACCUGAGACCCCAGUAUAAAAGGAUUCUUUCCAAACACACGAUACGGUCUUGGCACUGGAAUUAUUCGUUUGAUCAUCAAUCAUCUUCCGAAAGUGGAUUAUUGUACCUAAACACCCUUUUCCCUGUCAAGCUGAUCCAACAUGUUGUUCCUGCGGCGGCUGGUGCGUGUGUGCUGUCCCUCGGCGCAGGCGGGGGGCGUGAUGGACUCCAGGCCCUGUGUGUUUGCCCUCACACUCCUCACUCUGCUCAUGCAGGUGGUGGUGGAGGCAAACUCAUGGUGGUCUUUAGCCAUGAACCCUCUGCUAAUCCCAGAGGCCUACAUUAUUGGUGCCCAGCCUCUGUGCAGCCAGCUGGUGGGUCUGUCUCAGGGCCAGAAGAAACUUUGCCAGCUGUACCAGGAUCACAUGCAGUACAUCGGCGAGGGAGCCAAGACUGGCAUAAGGGAGUGCCAGUACCAGUUCAGACAUCGCCGGUGGAACUGCAGCACGGUAGACAACUCGUCCGUGUUCGGACGAGUGAUGCAGAUAGGAAGCAGAGAAACUGCAUUUACUUAUGCUAUCAGCGCAGCGGGCGUGGUCAACGCAGUGAGCCGGGCCUGCAGAGAGGGUGAUCUGUCGAGCUGUGGAUGCAGCCGCGCCGCACGUCCAAAGGACCUCCCUCGUGAUUGGCUAUGGGGAGGCUGCGGGGACAACCUGAACUACGGCUACCGGUUCUCUAAGGAGUUUGUCGACGCACGGGAGAGAGAGAAGAGCUAUGCCAAGGGUUCCGGCGAGAGCGCCCGGCUUAUGAUGAAUCUGCACAACAAUGAGGCUGGAAGGAGGACUGUGUCAGACCUGGCCCAUGUCUCCUGCAAGUGCCACGGCGUUUCAGGCUCCUGUAGUCUGAAGACGUGCUGGCUGCAGCUUGCCGACUUCCGCAAGGUGGGCGAAACGCUGAAGGAGAAGUACGACAGCGCCGCCUCCAUGAAGCUCAACUCGCGUGGCAAGCUGGUGCAGCGGGACAGCAAGUUUAAUCCCCCUACCAGCAAUGACCUGGUUUACAUAGAGUCCAGCCCAGAUUACUGCCUGUCCAAUCAGAGCACGGGGUCCCUGGGAACUGUAGGUAGGCUGUGCAAUAAGACAUCCGAAGGAAUGGACGGCUGCGAGCUGAUGUGCUGCGGCCGGGGCUAUGACCAGUACAAGGCCCAGAUCGUGGAGCGAUGCCACUGCAAGUUCCACUGGUGCUGCUAUGUCAAGUGCAAGCGGUGCACCAAAACCGUAGACCAGUUUGUCUGCAAGUGAGGAGGCGGAGAGCAUGUCUGUGUGCAUGCAUGCAUGUGUGUAUCCUGUCUGUGUGCAUGCAUGCAUGUAUCCGGCAGAGGUGGGACAAAGAAGGCGAAGCAAGAGUGAGAGAGAGAGGGGAAGAAAGCAAAAAAAAAACUAUAUAAAUUAUAUUUAUAGAGUUAAACAAUUAUACAGUUGCGAAAGACUCACACUUAUUUUUCCAUGUAGAAGUUCCCAAAAAAUCAAAUGCCUCCACAAACUGAUAAUAUGGUCAAAUAUUUAUUUGUCAUCAAUUUCCUUCUUUUUGCCUGGUGAUCCAAAGCAAAUUUUAAACCCGUGAAUACUCAACCUUUGGAGACCAGCGGCCAACUAGGUUUGGUUUAUUAUCGGUGUGCCUUAUAGUUUAUAAACGGCCAUGUCCAAUUGGUUGCCAUGACUGUGAAAUGGGAGCUUUGCUCCUGCUUCAUAACACUAGCUUAGUUCAAAAUUGUGCUUGUUGGAGAAUGCCCACACCCAAAGUCUUAAGUAUUGAAACUGGGGCUGUUAGAGGUACCUAUUGUUAUCCACCAUUUGGGAAGAGGAUGCUUCCCCACAGGGCGGGUUCCCAGAUUGAGCCUCUGUUGGAUUCUUGAAUCUGGCACCUUGGGUUUGUAAAUCUGAAAUUCUGGCCCUAGUCCUGCACAGCGCCUCUCUCUUGGUUGUGUUUGUCAAACAAGGCCUUAGGAAAGUGGGAGAGUUCUGGUUCUUGUUUUGGUUUUGUUUCCUCCUGUAUCCCACAACGCCAAGUACUUCCCAGACACCAUGGCUAGACCUCCUAAAUACAUUUAUCCUAUGCACUUUGAACCUGAGGCCUUAGCCCGACUGUAGGACUGUUUGUUUUGAAUUACAGAGCAUCGCCUGUAAUAUGCCAUAUUAAAGUAAUUUUUUCCCUAUAAAUACAGAUAUCCACUUAACAUAUAAAUGCUACUUACAUGGUUUGAAUAUAUAUGGGCAAUAUUGUGGUUAUGAUGGUGAGAUACUCUGUGUUCUGUAUAUAGUACUGCUAACCAACAAACCAACAAAUCAUUAAAUUGUAUGUAUUUAUUUUCUUUUAUCCAGAUCUCUUUAAAAAAAAUAAAAACAAAAAAACAACACAGCUCUAUUUCAUUCAAUGUAUUUGAAUUGUACACGUUUUAUUUUCAAGUACAGUAUUUUCAGGUUACUUAAUUUUUCACAUUUAAAGAUACUGUAUGUUUUCCACACCCAUUUGGUUCCCCAGUGUUGUUUUUGUAAAGGGAAAUGCACCUUAUUGAUCUAGAACACCUGCUCAUUAUGUUUUACCCAACUUCAGUUAAUAUCACGGACCACACUAAUAUCACAAUUUAAUUGUAGCUACAAACCUCUGAAUACCACUCAGUUUCUGUACAUUACCCCUGUGAUUGUCAUUAAACACCUCAAUCUCUAUACAUUAUCAUUAUCCAUCAAAACUAUUUAUUACUUUCUUGAAUAAUAGGGGUUUGCAAAAAGUUUCUUUUACAGUAGGUAUUAUUUUAUUUCCUUUUUUAUUGGAUCGAUGUGCUUUGUUUCAAUAAAUAUUAAACUAAAACCUGCUGAAUAGUCGUAAUUUUCAAUACAAAUCUGUUCUGUUCUGGUUAAAUUCAACUUCACAUUUAAAAACUAAGUUUGUAUUUAUGCCAUGUAUUUAGCCCUGAUUUUGAACAUUGUGUAUAUUUUCCCCUAUCCUGGUGCUCAGUGAGAAAUAGACUGUUUUUUGUUCUUGUGUACAGAAUUGACUAUGGGAAGAUUUGUCUGUAUUUUUAUACUCUUUCAUUCUGAACUAUGAAGUGUCUGCUUUUGAUGGUGUAGGAGACAUUGAUUCUACAAGUUAAUUAUAUGAUCAAAUCAAACAUGUCAUUAAAUAAACUUAUCUGGAACCUC